AUGACUGAGAAAUUAGUUUGUUAUCUGGAAAAGACUUGGUGUUUUUUUUUAGAGAUGGGGAGUUGGAAUCGGCGAAAUCAGAUCAGCGAUAACGAUGCUCAAGGCGACUAUAAAGAUCUACUCGUAUUCGGCUAUGCUUCUACAAUCUUCCUAAAUGACUAUCAAUCAGAGCACAUCGCUGAAGAACGGCAUAUGGUUCCAUGUCUUGGAGACUCUGAAAAUCGCGUGGAUAGGUAUGACUGUAGACUCCUAUUGCCGUCUCUGGACAUAGCGAUCACAAGAAGUUCUAUACCACCUGAGCAUUGUGAGACUGAAGCUAUCGAAGAGGAUAUGUGUGAAGAAGAGCGUUAUCAGGAUAUGCAUAUGGAUAUACAGAGAGAGCAGGAGGAAGAAGAAGAGAGAAGGCGGAAAGAGCAACGGAAUGCGAUCGGGUUUGAUUACGGAACAGGGAUUGUGAAAGAGCCAGAAAGUGAUAGCGAAGACGAGCCUUUCGAACCACCAGAAGGAAUAAAAUUUCCCGUCGGGCUCGAACUACCACCAAACAUGAAACUGCAUCAUAUUAUUGAGAAAACCGCCGCUUUCAUUGUCGCUAAUGGAACUCAAAUGGAGAUUGUUAUCAAAGCAAAACAACGAAACAAUGCUGAGCAAUUUGGUUUUCUGGAGUUUGAUAAUAAGCUGAAUCCAUUUUACAAAUACCUCCAAAAACUGAUUCGUGAGAAGAAGUACACACCGGAGCUUGGCAAACGACCAAAAAAGCUAGCAAAAAAGGUUUCAUCCACUUCGAAACCAGCUGUUUCGAGUUCCCUAGCCGCCAUUGCAGCAGCUCAUGGUUCAGGAUCAGACUCUGACGAUUCGGAUUCGGAUUGCGAGCUUCAUCCGUCUCUGUUGUCAGGCAGCUCGAAAAGACCUGCAUCCCCGGAAAAUCCAUCAGCUAUUGGCCCUCGGAAGAAGCCAGUAGAGCCAGAGAAACCACCCCCGAUGAAUUUAAAACCGGCCGGAGAUUUUUCUCAACGCAACGAUGUCUAUGCAGCUCUUUUCAAGAAUUUAGCACAUGUCACCAGGCAAGCAGCAGGCAUAGAAGAAGUUAAACAUGGAAUUGAGGAUUCGAAAAAGGAAGAAGAUGAUGAUCCAGAUGAACGCUUGGAUGAUCCUGACUACCGUGAGUGGUAUACAUCGUUCUACGGGAAAACAUGUCCUUGGGUCGGUCCACGUCCAAUGAUUCCGCCAACUCCCGAUCUGGAACCUAUUCUGAACAGCUACGCGGAGACAGUAGCUCAGAAAGGUGCAGAGAUAGAAACGUCUUUAGCAGCCCGAAAAGAUCUUCAACUUCAUUUUAUGGAUCCUCACAGUCCAUAUUACUCGUAUUACCAUCAUAAAGUUAGUCAAGAUAUUUUGUACCAUCUUAGUAUUGGUCUCCUUCAGGUUCGCAUGCAUCAAUGGCGCAUGUAUCAUCCGCAAGAGCAGUCCUCUCAUCCUUCUCCAAACAUUCUCGGCUCUCCGGUUCCACUAAUGUCAACUGAUCUUCUGCCACCAUCCACCGUCAGCUCUCCUGGACCAUCUAGUCUCAUGAGCUUGAACAUUUCGGCACCACCCGAACCACCAUUGAAUCGGAGACAACGUAGAAGACUUCUGGAAACUAGUCGUGUUGCUGAUGAUUCUUUAACAGAACCAGGGGUUUUCGAUCCUAUUUCUAUGCUCCCAAAAAGCGCUUCCACACCCUCGAACCUCCAGAAUUUGGACAAUUUUAAACCAGUUUCGUUCUCAUUGAAUGGUACCAAAGAUGAAUCAAGUUUUCGAUUUGACCCAGAUAUGGAUGAUUCUGGAAUAACUAGUCCUUCGGAAGGGUUUGAAGGUCUUCCACCACCACCGCCACCUCCAACGUUGUCAGGAAAUACGCAAACACAAGUGGACCGAAAGGAACGGGCGAGGAUUUUCAUGGAGAAGUUGCUGCAAGAGAAAAAAGUGAGAAAGCAACAAGAAGACGAGGAGCGAGCCAAACUGGAAGAGGAAACCAGAAAAAAAGCUGAGAGAAUAUCUGAAUCGUUGUCUGGAAGAAGAACAGUGGAGAUCCGUAGUUCUCAAGAGAAAAAAUCGCUGGAUGAGAUUAUCAACAGCAAGAUUAAUAGUGUUCUCUCGGAGUCUGGAUUUCAUCCGGAAGAAGAGAAAAAGGAAGCUGCAGAAGUGGAUAGAGAAAGAUAUACAACGAAACACCGAAAACGAAGCCGAUCCAGACGUCGUUCGAGAAGCAGAUCCAGUGAUCAUAAAAAGUUACGAAGACAUCACCACCGCUCCAGAUCUCGUUCCCGCGAUCGUCACCGUCGGAAUCGAAGCAGAAGUCGUGAAAGAAGUUAUCGUCGUUAA